AUGCCCGCCAUACCCUCCACCUCCGCCCUCCUCACCUCCCUCUCAGCACCACCACCACCACCCUCCCAACCCAACCUCCUCCUCCGCCGCCAACAAAACGCCGUAAUCGCCAUCCCCGCGCAAUACGCCGGCCUAAACUCCGGUCCCGCCCCCGGCGCCGUCGCCGGAAUCGUCCUCGGCAGCGUCGCCGCCUUCCUCUUCAUAAUCUGGCUCCUCUGGAUCGCAUCCACGGGCGGGGGUUUCCUCCGCUCCUCCCGCCUCACCGAAGAAGAAGUCGUGGUGCGGCACCGCUCCCGCUCCCCGGGUACAGUCCAUCGUUCCCACCGGAGUACACGCGCGCGCACGGAGAUGACGUCGAGAUCCCCGAGGAGGGAGAGGGGGGAUCGGGUGAUUCGCACGGAGAGGAUUGUGAGGGAUGCUGGGCCUGCGGCGCCGAUGGGCAGGGAACCGAGCCGGAUAAGGGAGAGUGUGUUUGUGGAUGAGACUAUCGCAUCGAGCAGUCGUCUUCGACUGGUCGGCAAGGAAACAGAGAAGUGGACGAGCAAUACAGCGACAACGAAGACUCGUCGUUCGACAGAAGCAGACCCGGGUAAGAGGUGUGAAGGCUACGUGGGAAAGGAGACAGAGGAAGACUGUCACGGGACUUCGACGUCUGAGGACAAGGGUACAGAGAUGUCGGUCUUUGAAAGGCGACACAGACCGUGA